AUGUCGUGCGACGACCCGCAGACCGACGAGGGCGGCCACUACGAGGUGCGCGUGGUGCUGCCGCCCGACUGUCCCGCGGCAGCGGCCCUCGAAGCAUCGCGCCGGCGGCAGGAGGCAGGCAGCGGCCCGGAGGCCGUCCUGCCCAGGGGGCCCGCGCACAUAAGCCUGCUGGACUUCCAGCUCUCCACGGGACGGCAGGAGCGGGCCUGCCUUGGCGGCCUGCGCGACGCCUGCGCCCGCGCAUCGCCGCUGACCGCGGCGCUGCGCGUGGCGGGGCGCGCGGAGGCGAGGCGCGGCGGCAGGCAGGCAGCGGCCGCGGCGCACGCGCUGCCCGUGGCGCUGUCCGAGGCGGCGGAGGGGCUCCGCUGCGAGCUGCUGGACGGCCUGUCGCAUCUCUCUGGGCGAGGGCCGCGGCGGCGGCUCCACGUCUCCGUCGGCAAGGGCGCUGCCCCGCCCGACGUCGAGAGCUGGGAAGGUCCCUGGGACGGGAUCACGGUCCUGCGCUUCGAGAGUCGCCGCUCGCGCCGUUGCCUGGCCGUCUGGGACCUGCCAUUCCUCGGCGCCGCGGCGGAGGCAGCGGCGCUUGCUCCCACGUCCUCGGACCACCCCGUGAGCGGCGAGGAGGCGCCAAGACGCUGA